AUGGAUACUGGUGGUCAAGGGAGACAAGGGCCUAGCUGGGGUGGAAUGGAGGGACUUCUGGUGCAAAGACGUCGGGCUAGCCGUAUUCUGUCCCUUCAACAUUUCAACCAUGCUGGAUGGUGGAAGGGUGUGCGCAUUGAGGUCGCAGCAAAAGAUGUCAGAAACCGGCUCCUGAGCACAGUGCUUACGUAUACGAGUGUUCUGAAAGAGCGAGCCUGGAAGCUGAUGGCCAAUGCAGACAGGAUAGCGAGGCUUACACAAGCUGCAAACGCUAUUGGACAGAGAGCAGUGGAUAGGCUAGCAGAACCGGAGGGAGAGAAGGGGACGAUAGAGGGCGAAGAGGUCCGUGUUAACACUGACCAGGACAAGGGUUAUGAGGCUGACUUCGAUGAAUUCGGGUUUCUAUCGGCUGAUCAAGCUAUGCUCAGACACAGCCAUUUGGCAAAAAGGGAAAAAAAGUCAGUCAGAAAGAGGGCCAUGAGAUGGCAUUUCUGUCGACCGAAUCGCAAUGGGUGGGACGACUACUUAAUUGGACAGCGCAACGCCGCUCUCCGCGCCACUGAGCCCGAAGUGGACUUGGCCGAAGCCUCGAUAUCAGAGAUGGAAGUCUCAUCUUCGGAGUCUGGAAAUAGCUCCGCGGAAUCCUUACAUUUGGUGACUCCGAUGGUGCGAUUUCUUGUGUCAGAUGCUGAGGAUGCCUCGUCUCGAUCUCCGGAUUCGCCGAUGCAAGAAGCCCCCUUGGAGACCGCCGACGAUCCCCCUUUGGAAGAAGACGAGUCCUUAGACUCUUGGUCUGACCCGGACGAGACUCUCGCGACCAUUGGUGAUAGCGUUGGCCUUGCCGUGAGGCUAUUCUAG